AUGGGUUGCAAUUUUGGCAACUAACUCGGGUGCACACUGAUCUUCACUUAAAUCGGAUUUUUUUUUUUCUUUUUCCCCUCUCUUCUUAAGAAUAAUUGAAAUUUGAUAUCGGCCUCUGAAAAUUUACUGAGAUGACAGAAGAACAACUCGAGUGUAAAGAAAUCUCUAUUGCAAAUUACUAUACAGUAUCACUUCCUGAAGUAGAGAAAUAUAGCUAUGAUUGUCAAAAGUGUGGCAAACAUUUUUCUCAAAAUAAAGAUUUUGAAAUUCAUUCAUGUUCUCAUAUGAAUGAAAGUCCUCAUGUUUGUGAAAUAUGUGGUAGAAGAUAUUCCAGAAGAGAUACUUUAAAAACGCAUAUGAUUUUACACAAAGGUAUUACUCCUUUUGUUUGUGAAGUGUGUGGCAAAAAAUUUGCUCUAAAGAGAUAUUUAAGGAGUCAUUUACUAAGGCAUGCAGGUACAAAUAACUGUUUAAAAACUGAAAGUAUUUUAAAAAAUGGAAAUUUAAAAAAAUUAUAUUCUCACUCAAAGGAGAAUAGACAUUUUUGUGAAGUAUGUAGAAAAAGAUUUUCUUGUAUCAGAAAUUUAAAACUGCAUAUACGUUGUAUUCAUACAGAAGAAAAGCCCUACAUAUGUAAAGUAUGUAACAAAGGUUUCCAUCAAAAUUAUGUUUUAAAACAACACAUGAUCUGUCAUAUAAAUGAAAAGCCAUAUAAGUGCAGUGUAUGUGACAAAAAGUAUUCUACUUGUGGUAUGUUAAAAGCACAUUCAAUUAUACAUACAAAUGAAAAACCAUUUGUAUGUGAAGUGUGCAAGCAAGCAUAUUCUCGUAAAGCAAGUUUAAAAUAUCAUUUAUUGAGACAUAAUUCUGAAAAGCUCUAUAUGUGUGAAGUCUGUGGCAAAAAGUUUUCUGAUCCCCGAAAUUUAAAAUCUCAUUUACGUGUAUAUGCAAAGAAACAUGUGUGUGAAUUGUGUAGUGCUGAGUUCUGUCUGAAAAAACAUUUGAAAUUCCAUUUACUUACCCAUUCCAAUUGGAAACCUUAUAAAUGUGAGAAGUGUGAUAAGGCAUUUAAAACUAAUGAUAGUUUAAAGCAACAUGUACCUAUUCAUUCAGAUGAAAAGCAGUAUGUAUGCGAAAUAUGUGGUAAAGCAUAUCAUCGCAAGAGUUAUCUUAAAGAACAUUCUUUGACUCAUGCAGAAAGUAAACCCUUCGUUUGUGAUAUCUGUGACAAAAGAUUCCACACAAUUUCUAUUUUAAGGAGUCAUAUACGUAUUCAUACAAAAGACAAAUCCAUUAUAUGUAAAAUAUGUGGAAAAGGACUUUCCAAGCCUGGUUCCUUAAGAGUUCACAUGGGGACACAUACAAAUGAAAAGCCAUAUGUAUGUACAUUCUGUGACAAAGGAUUUUCCCAAUCCAGCAGUUUAAAAAGACAUUUUCUUACUCAUACAAAGGAGAAGCCAUUUGGAUGUGAUGUAUGUAACAAAGGGUUUCAGGAAAAAAGUUCAUUAAGGAUACAUUCAUUAACACAUACAAAAGAGAACCCACAUGUAUGCGAAAUAUGUGGUAAAGGUUUUGCUACAAAAUAUCGAUUAAAUCCACAUUUACGUACACAUACCAAAGAAAAGCCAUAUGUUUGUCAGGAAUGUGGCAAGGCAUACAAUUACAGUCAAAGUUUAAAAAACCAUAUACGUCUUCAUAAGGAUAGGAAUGCAUUUGCGUGUAAAAUAUGCAAUAAAAGUUUUAAUCGACCUGAUACUUUAGUUAAACAUUCAAGAUUGCAUACACAGGAAAAAUCUGAUGCAUGAUGCAAUAAUUUUCUCAUUUCAUCUAAUAAUAAUUUAUAUUAUUCUAGGAAUUGGAAAUUUGAUAUAAUUGGACAUUUUUUUGCUCCCACCCCACACCCUUCUCUGUUGGUGUAACAACUUUUCAUUCAUAAGGGCUGUCAAAAAUUAUAUUUUAAAUUCAUGGAAUACUGUGGAAUUUCUACCUGUGGUGGAAGAUAUCAAUAAUAUUUACAUAUUCACACAUGCUGGCAGCUGACAAACUAUUUAAAAAGUGGAUUUUGUGCCAACUUUUAUGUUUUGUGGUAUGUUAAGAUUAAGACUAAUGUUAAAAUCAGAAAUGGAAGCUGUAAUUGGGCAUUAGAUGAAUUAUAAAUGGUUUUUUUAUAGGGUAUGUAAAGAAUUCUUUGAAUGUCCAUUAAAAUGACUCACGAUCAAAUGCCUAAGACUGAACAAAAUUAAGUUUAUUUUUAUGUUUGUUUAGGACCUGCAAAAAUUAAAAACUUCCAAAUUUUUUGUGAAAAUUAUUAAGCAUACUUUUUGAAUUUGAGAUAAAUAUUAAUCUUAAACAUAAGCUAUGUGCAUUUUUUUCUAUGAAUGAUUCUAUAUAUUAUCAAGUUCAGAAAAGAUUAUUAUUUAGUGUUUACUUUUCAUCAAUCUGAUCAGGUUCUCUUUCCUGAAUCCUUCAAGAAAUAUGGAAAAUUCUCUUGUACAUUUCCAAUUUACUGAGAAAAUCUUGUUGUUUGAUAAUAGGCAUCCACUUUCAAAGACAACAGCAUUUCUGGGAAAAUGUUUCACAUUCCAUUAUCCAAUAGUAGCAAUAAGUCAAGCUGUGCCAAUAGAAUAAUACUUGAUUUUCUAUGAAUAAUAUUUUAAAUUAUUUAUAAUGAUGUUGCAGUUACUAUAUUGUCAUACAUAUAAAUAGUUUUCUAACAUUACAUUGAGUUGUUUAUACUGUAUUUCUUCAGGUAACAAUAUGACUACUUACAGUCCUUAUUUGAAAUUAUCCAUUUCAUUUAAAACUUUUAUUUAAUUUUAUGUUUAAAUAUUUUUCAAUUUUAUAAAUUUAUGAAAAAAAAAACUUUUUAUUGUGCAUUGUUUUAUAUAUACUCUAAAGAUAGUGGUCAUGUUAUUCCAGUUUCAUUUAAAUCUGUUUCAUAGAUAUGAGCUGAAACAUUCUCUUCUGAUGUAUAAUCCUCUCUUUAGACUUAAAAAAAAAGAAGAGUUUUCCAAACUUGAUUUAUAUGUAAACAGUCAUUGGAAUAUAAAAUUGCAGAAAUAAAUUUAGAUUGGUGAAUAAUGAAAGAAAAUUUAAUAUAAUUAUAUUGUACUUUUUUUAUUUCCUUUAAACCAAUUGUCACCAAAUAAAAGUAUUAAUACCAGCUAUUGCCAAAUAUUACUAACAAUGUAGAAUGAAAAAUAAUUAAAUAUUUGCAUUAGAUCAUGUUAGCACUGGUGCUAUGUAAUGGAAAAGUACCAAUUAUUUUAACUUUUUAGUGUUGUGUUAAAAUCAUUCAGAGACUUUAUUUUUUUCAAUCUGUGCUAAAAUAUUUAACAGUUAUGGAAAUUUCAUAUCCCCCCCCCUCCCUCAAAUCCUAUUCAGUUAUCUUAAUCCAUAAUUUUAAAAUUUUGUCCUUGUAAGAAUUGAAUAAAAUAUUAAAGAAUAUUAUUAUUAUUAUUUUUAACUCUUCAAUUACAAAAAACACUGUUUUUACAUUUUAUUGAUUAAUUAAUAUUGUGAGAUUUUAUGAAGUUUUAUAUAAAACAUAUGUAUUAUUGUGCAGUAUUUUUUUUAUUUUACAAUAUAUUUUGAUUUUAAUUAUUAGAAUCUCUUUUCAGUAUGAAUUUAUUGUUACUAUAUGAGAUCUUCUCUAUCCUCUUGAUAUAUAAUGUUUUGUGAAUAAGUUUUCAAACAAAGUUUUAUUUAAAUUGAUAUGUUUAAUAUUUUUAAGGAUAAAAUUUUUUUCAUCAAUUUAGAACUUAAUUUAUAAUGUGCUGGAAUUCUAAAUUUCUUUAUGGUUGUAUGCUCCUAAUAACAAUUGUAUGUUCCUAUAAUCUGUACAACUUCUGUAGGCGUUUCAAGGACACUCAUUUUCUCUACUCUUUACUCUUUCUCCUUCUCCAUUGCCAUGGUUUCAACAAAGCUUGUAUUUUUUCCAUGCCAGUACGUUUCGGGAAUACCUUACCUUCGGAAUACCUUAAUAGCUAUGUAAAAAAGGAAAAAAGAGUGACACUGUUAUCUGCCUCAAACUUGCGAGGCAGACAACCAGUAACAAGGUAGAAAAUGCGACCUUGAACCGCCUACAGAAAAUGCUCAGACUGUAAUGAUUAUAUAUUAUAGAAUUUUCAGAGCUUAGUUAAUAAUUAAUCACUUAAUUUGAUUUCAACUUUUUUAGUGAAUGAGAAUUCUAUUUAGUUUUAAUUUUAUUCAUUAUAAGAAAGUCAGUCAAUGGUUAAAUUUUUGACAAGUUAUAUCUAGGAAGUUAUUAGAAGUAAAAGUUGCUGAAUUUCUUAAUAAUUAGGGUAAUAAAUUAAAAGUAGUAAUUUUUAUUUUUGUUAAAAAUCUACAGGUCAAAGAAAACAAUUGUUGAAGCAUUAUGUGUUGAAAGAGUAAGAAUACAAAUUUAAUUAGAAUGAAUAUCAAAGGAAAGAAAAUUAUUUCAGAUUUAUUGAAAGUUAAAGUGUAUUUUGAAUGUGAUUAAAUUUUCAAUUUAAUGAUGGUGCAGCAGAACUCCAAUUUCUGGAAAGGGAGUAAGGAAUUAAUGAUCUGUUUGUUAAAAAUUUAGAAGAAAUUUGUCCACUUGAUUGUAUUUCUCGCAUAUGCUCUUGGUUAUAAAUACAUACGAGAAAUUUAUUUAAUAUUGUUGCAAAGUGCAUAUGUAUAGAUGCAAAUAAAUAAAAUAAUGAGAGGCAAUGCUGAAAAAAAAUAUUUAAAAUUACUUUCAAAAAUUUAUUAAAAUUGGAGAAAAAAUAAAUAGCAUUGACAGAAAGUUAAAAGAGAAUUAAACUGAGUAAAAAUUGUUUUUAGAAUUAUUAAAGGAUAUGUAACUUCUUAUUUCAAAUAUCUUUUCUUACUGAAUCCUUUCUUUUUUUAUAUAGUCUACUACUCAAAAUGUGCCAAAUUUGCUAACUAAAUCAAAUCAUAUUGAUCCAUAAAGCAUUUUGCAUGAUUUUUGCAUCAUAUAUACCAUUGUGAUGGAAUUUAUUGAUAGUAAAUUAAUUUAUAAACAUUAUCAUGCCAAGAGAUGAAUUCAUGGAAAAAAUUUUCUGAAUAAAAAUAGGAAAACAAGAGAUUUUAUGUGGUAGUUUCAGGUAAUUAUAUAUUGAUAAAGAAUGUAGAUAUACAAACUUUUGUAUUCAUUAAAUUAAUAUUAAUUUGGAUUGUCAUCAGCAAAAAAUUAGCAUAGUUAGUUUUUUUGUCAUUAAUCCUAACAUUCCUGGUCUCAAUUAAUUGUGAUAAUUAAGAUUUUAGUGUAUUUUUAUCAAUGCCUGAAACUUUUUAUCAAUGGUUAGU